CUCAUCGCCCUUUGUUUGCUUCUUAAGCUUUCAACCCUCCAAACCCAAUCACCUAAUCUCCUCUUCAUUUUCAAUCCACCAUAAAACCCAAACCCCCCCAUAUCAUCUCCUAUUCGUAUUCAGAUCUCAGUCGCCAUGGUUCAAGACGGCGAUGCAUCGCAGACUCCGUACGAGGCGGCAUUGGAGGCGCUUUCGUCAUUGAUCACCAAACGCAGCCGCGCCGAUAAGAGCAACAAAGGCGACGGCUUCGACGUCCUCUUUGACUAUCUCAAGAUUCUGGAAUUGGAGGAGCCGAUUGCGCAGAUGAAGAUCAUUCAUGUGGCUGGUACUAAAGGAAAGGGAUCCACCUGCACAUUCUCUGAAUCAAUACUGCGGCAUUGUGGCUUCCGCACCGGACUUUUCACUUCUCCUCAUCUCAUUGAUGUUCGCGAAAGAUUUCGCUUGGAUGGAGUGGACAUAAGCGAAGAGAAAUUCUUGGAGUAUUUCUGGUGGUCUUUUAAUAGACUAAAGGAAAAAGCUAAUGACGAUCUACCAAUGCCUACCUACUUUCGCUUCCUUGCGUUACUUGCCUUCAAGAUUUUUGCAGGAGAGAAGGUAGAUGUUGCUAUUUUAGAGGUUGGGUUAGGCGGAAAGUUUGACGCAACAAAUGUGGUUCAGGCACCAGUCGUUUGUGGUAUAUCAUCCCUCGGAUAUGAUCAUAUGGAGAUUCUUGGAUAUACACUGGGAGCAAUUGCUGGGGAGAAGGCUGGAAUCUUCAAGCAUGAGGUUCCUGCCUUCACUGUGCCUCAACCUGAUGAAGCAAUGCGUGUACUUGAAGAGAAAGCUUCACUGUUGGAUGUACCUCUUCGGACAGUACAACCACUGGAUGCUAAUAUGCUGAAUGGCUUAAAACUUGGGCUUGAAGGUGAGCACCAAUUUGUUAAUGCUGGCCUUGCUGUUGCACUAUGCUCUGCAUGGCUUCAAAGGACUGGUCAUCAUGAUAUCACAAACCUGGGAAAUACUACCGCUCUGCCGGAGCAGUUUAUAAAAGGACUUACAGCUACUGUCAACUUACAAGGCCGAGCUCAAAUCGUUCCUGAUCACUAUAUUAGCAAUCAAAGCCCAGGAGAUCUGAUAUUUUAUUUAGAUGGUGCCCAUAGCCCCGAAAGCAUGGAAAUAUGUGCGAGAUGGUUUUCUCUUUGCACUAAAGAGAACUCUCAGGAAAAGGCUUCGGAUUUCUCUAGAUCACAUGCCAAGAACUCACAGAUUCUGCUGUUUAAUUGUAUGUCAGUGAGGGAUCCUCAAUUGCUUCUUCCAAACCUGAUGAAAACAUGUGCUAGUCAUGGUGUCUACUUUAAGAAGGCGCUAUUUGUACCAAACACAUCAGUGUAUCACAAGGUUGGUUCGCAUUCCUUACCUCCCACUGAUCCUCAAGUUGAUUUGUCAUGGCAAUUCUCUCUUCAGAGGGUAUGGGAAAAUCUAAUGGGAAAUAGAGUAGGGGCUGAUGACAAGAUCCCAGAUACUCUUUCUGAAGAAUCAAGAGAUGAUAUGGAAAAGCCUGUUAAACAUUGUGAACAUAGUGCUGUUUUUUCCUCACUCCCAUCAGCUUUAAAGUGGCUCAGGGACAGUGUCAGGCAUAAUCCAUCAACUCGUUUUCAGGUCCUCGUGACUGGUUCGCUACAUCUUGUUGGCGAUGUAUUGAGACUAGUCAAGAAGUGAAGCAUAGUAGGAAGUAGAAGUGAAUUCUCUUUUCUGCAUCUCCAUCCCGUUGCGACAUGUUCUGGCAUUGACGAGGCAUGGCAAAGGCGUUGAACUAUUUGAACUUCAGGGCUACUAUGGCAUGGUCAAUGUUCUGAAACUGCUGCAGAUAUGGGGUUAGAGUUUCCAAGCACUUGCACUUUGAUCUUAAC